GUUUACUUUUGCUCGGUGGCCGUGUGUAUGCGAAAACGAUAAAGUUUGUUUCACAAAAUGUAGUGUUUGAUUACUUUAGAAAGCUAUAAAUUUUUAAUAGUUGUAAUAUAUUUUGGAAAUGCUUGGGGAUAAAGCUCUCGAACUUAUAAAGCAACUUCAGAGAUGCGAUUAUUUGAAUCCACUUCAAGAUGAAGUAUUGAGACAAGUUUUUGAAGAAAUGAAAGCAUUGUUUGAGGAAAAUCAAGUGGAUGUAAAUGCUUCAAUAAGUGGGGAAAUGCAAUAUCAUGCAGCAGUACAACUCCGGCAUUCUGUUUUGUUGAGAAAUAAGAGAUGCGUCUUGACGUAUUUGUAUAACAGGUUGCAAAUGAUUAGAGAUAUUCGAUGGGGCUUUGGUGCUGUCUUACCUGCUGAUGUUCGCUCUUGUUUGUCAGAAGCAGAAGUUAACUGGUUCAAUACAUAUAAUCGUUCAGUAGCAAGUUAUAUGACAAGCAUAGGAGGUGUUGGAGUUGAUCUGUUUUUGAAUCUUCAACCACCAAAGUCACUCUAUAUACAGGUUAGAUGCCUUUGUGAUUAUGGUGAUUUUGAAACAAGUGAUGGAAACACAGUUGUUUUGAGUAAAAACAGCACUCAUUUUCUGCAAAGAGCAGACUGUGAAAAACUUAUACAUCAAGGCAUUUUGGAGCAUAUAUCAGUAUGAUUUGAAAUGUUGUUUAAACAAUUGUAAUGAAUAAUUAAGUGGUGAAUUUUGGUUAAAUAAAAGAGAAAUAAAGUUUAUAUAUUUA